GAUUCUCCUGGCCCCUCGGAACAGACCGAGGCCUAAUGACCUUGCCAUGGAGGUGCUUCGCAGACUUCUCAACAAGGAGCAGAGUCCCAGUAACCAGACGUCUCUGGCCAUGAUGCAGGAGCCGCAGGAGGUGGUGGAGGAGACUGUUACCAUAGAGGAGGACCCCGGCACACCCACGUCCCACGUUUCCGUGGUGACGUCCGAUGACGGAACCACCCGCCGCACAGAGACCAAGGUGACCAAGAUGGUGAAGACAGUCACCACACGCACGGUCCGGCAGCUUCCACUGGGUCCAGACGGCCUCCCACUGCCUGAGGGUUCCUCUCCGAUGGGGAGUUACACAGACUCCAUCGACCGGCGCUUCAUGAAGAACGGUGAUCGCUUCGUCACGCCACAGGCCACAUCCACCCUCACACGCUCCUAUAACAACUACAACGACUCAUACGGCGAGACACCAGACAGCCAGUACCGCCACUUUGCCCUGCAUGAUGCCUACGGAGAUGUGGCUGACAACUACGGCAGCCUGUCCCGUGGCAUCAACUACCGGCCCUACCGGCCCUACAUGGCCGCAGGAGGCUAUCGCAUGGAGAACAGCUACACCACUCUCCCUAUCCGGAAGGAUGACUAUGGGCACAUGGCCCAACCACAGGUGCCCAUGGGUAGCAGCACUGUGGAUCUGAACCGCUCCCAGCCAGAACGCUUCCAACCUGAGCCAUACGGAUUGGAGGACGACCGUCGCAGCCUUGGUCCAGACGAUGAGGAGCCAUAUGACCUGGAGCCUGAUUACUCCACCGCUAACCGCCGCACGUUGCCCGGCCCCGGACGCACCAUUAGAGAACCGCUGCGCGACGGCCCUCGUGUCAGAGGCUAUGAUGACCCCAUCGAGGCGGAGCUGAUUGACGAGAGGCACCCCUACAUCCCGGGCAUGUACUCUGCACCCCUGGCUCAGCCGGAGAGGGGGAGCAUGGCCAGUCUGGACCGCAUGGGCGGCCGCCGCUCGCCCUCCAUCGACAGCAUCCGCAAGGACCCGAGGUGGCGCGACCCGGACCUGCCCGAGGUCAUCGCCAUGCUGGGCCACCCCAUCGACCCGGUCAAGUCCAAUGCUGCCGCCUACCUGCAGCACCUGUGCUACGAGAAUGACAAGAUCAAGAAGGAUGUUCGGCAACUGAAGGGCAUCCCCGUGCUGGUGGGCCUGCUGGACCACCCCAAAGCCGAGGUGCACCGCAAGGCCUGCGGAGCCCUCCGCAACAUCUCCUACGGCAAAGACAAUGACAACAAGGUGGCCAUCAAGAACUGUGACGGCAUCCCUGCCCUCAUCCGCCUGCUGAGGAAGACCAACGACAUGGAGGUCCGAGAACUGGUCACAGGAACGUUGUGGAAUCUGUCCUCCUACGAGCCUCUGAAGAUGGUGAUCAUAAACCACGGCCUGCAGACCAUGACCAAUGAGGUCAUCAUCCCGCAUUCUGGCUGGGAGCCUGAGCCCAACGAGGACUCGAAGCCUCGGGAUGCAGAGUGGACCACUGUCUUCAAGAACACGUCAGGAUGCUUGAGGAACGUGAGCUCAGACGGUGCAGAGGCGCGCAGGAGGCUGCGAGAGUGUGACGGGCUGGUGGACGCUCUGCUCCAUGCUCUGCAGUCAGCAGUAGGCAAAAAGGACAUGGACAACAAGUCUGUAGAGAACUGUGUGUGCAUAAUGAGGAACCUGUCCUACCAUGUGCACAAAGAGGUCCCGGGGGCUGAGAAGUAUCUGGACCCGUCAGCGCUGCAGGCUCCAGGCUCCGCAGGGCCUCAGAGGAAGAAGAAGGACGAUGCUGGCUGCUUCGGCGGGAAGAAGGCCAAAGAGGAAUGGUUUAAUCAAGGGAGGAGAAAUGGAGAGAAUGACAAAAGCUAUGACACGCUGGACCUCCCCAAGCGCUCAGAGCCCACUAAAGGCUAUGAGUUGCUGUAUCAGCCAGAGGUAGUGCGUCUCUAUCUGUCCCUGCUGACGGAGAGUCAGAAUUACAACACCCUGGAGGCAGCAGCUGGAGCGCUGCAGAAUCUCAGCGCUGGACAGUGGACCUGGUCCAGCUACAUCCGAGCAACCGUGAGAAAGGAGAAGGGCCUUCCCAUUCUAGUGGAGCUGCUUCGCUCUGACUCAGACAAGGUGGUGCGGGCUGUGGCCAUCGCCCUGCGCAACCUGUCCAUCGACUGCCGCAACAAGGACCUCAUAGGGAGCUAUGCGAUGAGGGAUUUGGUCAGCAACCUGCCGAGCGGGCAGCAGCGACCAGCCAAGAAUCUGGAGGAGGACACAGUGGUGGCCAUCCUCAACACCAUCCACGAGAUUGUGACAGACAGCUCAGAGAACGCUCGCUCACUCAUCACAGCUCAAGCCAUCGACAAGCUGGUGGCCAUCAACAGGACCAGCCAGUCAGCCAGAGAGACCAAGGCUGCUUCGCACAUCCUGCAGACUGUCUGGAGUUACAAGGAGCUGCGGAACACCUUGACCAAGGAUGGCUGGAGCAAAACCCAUUUUCAGCCCACAGCCAGCAGUGCUCCCAAAGGCUCCAAGAGCGGCAAGCCGGGCUACGAUGACACCACUCUGCCCCUAAUGGAGAAGAACCAAGGCGACAGAGGCUGUGGCAGUGGUGCUAUGAUACCUAUGGACGAGCUGGGUCCAGACGGCUAUUCCACUAUUGACCAAAGGGACAAAGACUGCAAAUACAAAACCAGCGAUGGCUCAUCAGACCUGACGGAGCGGGAACCACUGAAGAAUGACACGAAUAGGAAGCACUACAUUCGGAGCAACAGGCCGGCGAUCAGUCUUGUGGACGCUUGCGAUGUCAAGCCUCAGCCUGUUGACUCCUGGGUGUAAAUGCAUGCAUGGCUUAGCCACAGAGACGCCGUGACAUCUACACAAGGAUCUCCCAAGUCACCACUGCCACUUUCUCUGCCAUUCGCCACGCGACGUGGACUCAUCAGCAGACUUUUACAAAAGAGAGAAGAAAAAAGCACCAUGCAAACUUUUCAUUCAGCAGCCAAACUUGUGAGCUGUUUUUUUGCAAGAUAAAGCAAAAUGAAAGACUUGUAAACAACAACAGCAGCAACAACAACGAGUGAACUACGUUUUCUCCAACAUGUACAUUCCCACUGGAUGAAGAGAACCCCAACAGAGCUCAGGCUGAGUGCUAGCUAACCGUUUUUUGGAUGGAUGGAUGGAUGUGAAUAGCAAGCAAAGAGAAGGUGAUUUUGAGGACAUGGAUGUGUAUUGGAACGAGUUGAAGAGGGGAAAAAAGUGUUUUGUCUAAAAUGUCAAAUGUCAAAAAAAAGUGAAAUUUGACUGUUUUUGUUUAUAUUUGUUUUUUGAUUGAUUUCUGUUUUGUAUUUUUUCCCCUCUUUGGAGGUGCAGUGUAUAUUUUUCUUCUAUUUUCUAUUGGUUUGUUCUAUUUGAGUUUUUUUUUUUUGGAACAGAAGGCCUGUUGUGGUGGAUUGAGGAUUGUCUGUGUUUGUAUUUAGAGGAAAAGGAUUGGUUGUGGUUUACGUUUGAAGGGUUUGGGAGCACUUAAGCAUCUGAGGUUGUUGGACCAGCAUUCAUCAGCGUAUAGCAUAUUCACUACCUUGUGUUUUUGUGUCCUUUUCUACUUUAAAGGAACAAUUCCAAAUGCGAAUGUUGCUAGUAGUCAAAGCUUAUGAGGGAAGUUAGCAUCUCAUAAAGCUGAAAGAGCUACGUUACUUGCCCCUGAUUAUUAGCAACCUUAGCAUUUUUGGUCUUGCUUUCAGGCAAGACUGAAUCUGACUGUUUCUAUCACCAGUUAAGAGUGUGGAAAACUGCUGGGUUGGAUCAAGAUGGCUAAUCCUGAAUCCUGAAUCCCACUUAAUACGCUGAUCUGUGGAGGACUGCUGGGCUAUACCGACUUAUUUUUUUUUCUGCAGAUUGUGUUUGUGUUUGGUUUGCAUUAAGAAAUGAAAUGAAAGAAAAAAAAAGAUUCACUUUGUUUAUGUAGACGGCGUGAAAAAAGGAUUUUUCCGGUGGCAGAGUGACUCGCUCCUGCGUCAUGUGGAGAAAAUCACGUCUUAUAUUUUUGUUGGUUUUCUAAAUGUAUAUUAGGACCAUGAAAUGGAAAAAACAACAAAACCAAUAUAAAAUUCUCUGUCUUUAUUCAUUGCUAGGUGUGUAUCCAUAAACAGUUUGGGAUCGCAUGCAAUGGAUAAAGCAAUGCCUUGCUUAAAAAAAAAUAAUAAUUAUUUAAUGGUGUGUAUCAAAAGGCUGCAGAGUCACGCUCAUCAUCUAUUUAUAUUCUAUAUUUUCAAAAAGGUAAAAGAAUUUUAUCUUUCCACGUUUCAUACACUCACAGCCUGGUCGCUUGCCUAAUGGAAUAAUGGGAUGGACAGUGCUGACUGGUGUGUGCAUGGUGGAUAAAAGGGUGGACGCACACACCAAUAUAGAGAUUCAGGGACAGAACAGCCUUCUUGGCCUAACAGCAAGUGAGCUCUCAAAUGUACUCUUCAUAUGUCUUUAGGGUGUCUACACUGCUACACUGCAACACUACUGACCUACUCAGCUAACCUUGCGUUCACAUGAGCAGGUGACAGAGCAACAGGUGACCAGUCAUGUCCUAUAGAAACAGGCAACCUGUAGCUGCAAUUUAGCAACAAGUGACAAGUUUAUGCAAAUAAAUAAUGAUGCAGUAAAGCAACAGUCUAAAUUGUACACAGUCUAAAUUGUUGGUUCCAACAAAUUCCCCCUCACACAGGGUUCUGACAGGGUUGCCCAUGGUCCCCAUUUUUCUACUCUUAUUUGCGAUUCUUAACAAAGGAUAAAAAAUGUGAGAAACAUAAUCUUGUAAACUCAUUUCAUAUUUGAAAGAAAACAUUUCUUAUCAUACCCACAUGCAACAAGAGUGGCCUCGAACAAACCCACAAGAGGUGAAAUUGAGGUGACCUGUCGCCUUCAAAUGUGAACGUAUGGGAGCAUGCCGUCUUCAAAAUCCGUAUUUGGCUAGUUUAGUUUCUGGCCUUCGACCUCCUAGCACUGGAGGUAUCAUGUGAUUGGAGGAGUCCCAACUAGUGAGUGGAAUUGGAUACGACUAAAUUGGGAAGAAAGUUGUGGAAAAAUCCAAACA